AUGGAUCUCACGAACUGCCGUUGGCACCCAUCGAAGUACUACCAUCACCUGAUAACGAGCUAUCUCUCCAAAGCCAAAGAGAAAUACAGACCGUUAACACCAAUAACGAUAUGUACACCCUUCCUCCUCGAAGAUCUAGCCAGUUCUACUAGAACCGUGGAAACGGAUAUUAUGCUUUGCGAGAAAGAUUUUCGAAAGCAUCAGUUGGUUAUCAUACCUGCCAAGACACAGAGCAAGCCUCAAGGCGAAGUAAAUGAUAAAACUUCAUCAUCACCAUCAUCACCAUCAUCACCAAAAGGCGAAACGCCGAAAGGAAGAUGGACUUUAUAUAUCGUCGUUCGAGGAGAAACAAUGUUAUCUCGUUUUCCCGGCGAAAAGGAUAAAGGAAACCUGGUUAUCAUAAUAAUUGGGGAUCGAGAUACCACCCACGAGAACGUGAUUCUCCAGAUGUUAUAUCAGAAAUCGAGGUAUCGUUUACGAAAUGACUGUCCUGUAUAUGGAUAUCGUCUGGCGAAUACCGACGAAACCAGGCAGAGAUAUCUUCAGUCAAGCUGCACUAAGUAUGUGGACUGGGUGAAAGGGAAAGAUGACAAGGAAGAAUGGAUGGAUGCUUGGGGCCUUACUGGUAUAGCUGAGGCUGUUCUGAAAGAUACCACAAAGACUAUUGUGGAGCUAUUGAAGGGAGAAGGCGAGGUUGUGAAGUUUGAGAUUCCCUCAGAGACAGCUUGA